GUAAGGAUAUCUCAUUGCUGCAGUGAAGUUCAUGUACAGAAAUUACCAGUUACUAUUAGUGAUCAGUAUUGAAACAAAACAUCUGAAUACAAUACACUGACACAGAGUAAUCAGGGUCCGUCUAACUGGAGAAAAAAUAUUUUAAUAGUUUGACUGUGCAACAACUCAUGACCAGUAUUAUGUGAUUUUCUCCAAGAACUAAAUUCAGUUUAAAAUUCAAGAAUAAUGCUGAGAAUCUAACCCAGGCUUUGGCAAAUAGGCUAGGGCAAACCAUACUAGCUCCACCCUAUUGAUCUCUUUCAACGGCAUAAAUGAAUAAUAUCAAAUUCUCAAUCACCGUAAUUCUGUAAAUUUACUGCAUAAUUGUAGCACAUUUCUUGCUUCUUGAAUCUUGUGGGUGAUAAGCACUUUGUAAGAUUUCUCCAUGAGGUCUGAGGGGUGAUGAACUUGUAGUUUGGUCAUUUUGGUUGGUUUGCCUAUCCUCACUGGUUUAAUCGGUCAGAUGCAUUUUAGUACUUCACCAUAAGAGGAAAUCAAUCAAAAUUUUGUAUCCAAGUAGAAAUUACUCUAUUACUAAGCUGGUAUUUUGGAAAAAAAAUCCAUAUUCCAAAAAGUAAAUAAAUAAAAGUAAUUAAGAUUUUUCAACCUUAAGAGUAGAUUUUUAAUAACUAAAACUCCAACUUUUUAAAAAUACAUUAAACAAAUGAUUGUAACAAAAUAACACUCCAUCUGUUUUUAUCUGGAAAAAGUGUACUUACUUAAUGGAUAAAUCUGUUCAUGCCCCAGAAACCUGUUGGAAAUGGAAUAUUCGCAGAAAAAGCAAUGACUAAACAAAGUAUGCUUAAAUUAAGGGCUGUUGUUGUUGCAAAUGUAAGGAUAAAUACCAAUCCAGGUUCAAGAGGGAGUUAGAUGGACACAUACAAUCACAAAGGGUUGUGAUGUUUGGAAAACCAGGUUGCAAUUACUGUGCUGAAGUUAGGAGAAUAUUUGCAUCAAUAGGAAUUGCAGUUAAGACGAUAGAACUUGAUGUUUAUGCUCCUACAGAUGGAUUGGUUUUAGAGCUUAUGAAAAGAACAGGCUACACAACUGUUCCUCAGAUAUUCGUAGAUAAUGAAUUUAUAGGUGGUUUAGUAGAGUUAAAAGAGUUGUAUGCUUGCGGCGCAAUACAAGACCGUUUGUGUCGAGCGGAUGUUGUUUACACUAAACCAGAAAGAUGGAAAAUGAAGGAUUUUGGAUAUAUCCGUGCAAAUCAGACACAGGGAAGAGAAGCCAAGGUAGACGAUGAAUUUUCUUCAUCAGAUGAUACUGAGCAAUCUAGUGAUUCAGAUAAGCAAAAGAAAUGAUUCAAGUAACAUUUAUGAAUAAAACAACUAAUAAUGUAUUAAACAAUAUUUUACAUA